AUGGGGUGGACUUUUAACACCGUAGACCCAGAUGCACCAACGGACGGGCCCAGAAUAUCGGCUGUAGCUAUCGUGAUGACUACCUUAGCAAUGGUUGCUGUGAUUCUGCGGGUUUAUGUUCGUCAAUCAAUGGUCAAAGCCUUCGGAGCAGAUGACUGGGUGAUUAUCUACGCAUGGAUUGCAUCUGCGGGCUUUGCCGUGUUGUCUGUCAUUCAGACACGAUGGGGUCUUGGCCUCCAUAGUAUCGAAGAUUUGCCGACCGAAGACAUUUACAACUUUGGCCUAUACAUGGGCGCUCCAUUUUAUAUCACAAGCAUUCUGGGCUUCAAACUCAGCCUGCUGCUAUCGUAUCUGCGAUUUAUGCCAAAAGGCGCCUACCGCUACACUACCUACGUUGUCAUACUGCUCACCGUUCUCUUCCACCUGGCGUUUCUGCUGGUGCAGAUCAAUCUUUGCCAGCCUGUUCAAGCGCAGUGGGACCCUAGCAUUGUUGAUAAGACGUGCCUCCCUGGUGUCCCGGUCUACACAGCAAUGGCUUCCCUGACCAUUUUAUUUGACGUCACUGCCAUGAUCCUUCCAUUUCCUGUUUUGAUGAGCCUCAAGAUGCAAAACCGGAGAAAGGUUGUCCUUCUCGGGCUUUUCGGCCUAGGCGUCUUCAUCACGAUUAUCCAGAUUAUUCGAAUCCAGACCGUGAAACGACUCGUUGUCUACACCGACAGUGCUCCACUCAUCAUGUGGUCAGCUGUUGAGGCCAAUCUGGGCGUCAUUGUCGCCAGCGUCCCAUGCUUAUCUCCCCUGAUCAAAUACUUCAGAGAACGCAGCACGACGGGCUCCAAAGGAAAAUCUGGUGGGACAGGCCACCUUGUUGGUUCCCAAUAUGCUUUGCGCACCUGGAAGUCGACAAAUAAUGCACGAGACACGCAUCUGGGAGGAUCCGGUUCGGGACAUCGUGCAAAGGCCGAAGCGAGCGUCGUUCGCAAUAAUACCGACAGCACAGAAUACAUACUGGAGCCAACUAAAAUCAUGGCGAAGACUGAGAUAACGGUAACGAGAGUAUAA